AUGGUCCCAGCGGAGCUCGGCCGGCCGGGGCUGCAGCGAGCGCCCAGCCCGUCGGAGGAGCGGUCGCUGCUGCGGAGCGACCCGGAGAACUUUCUGUGCCCCAGAGCCCGGUGCAGGGCUGGAGCUGCGGCGGGGGCUGCCAGCAUGAGGCGGCUCGGGGGCUCCCUCCUGCCGCUGUUGCUGGGAGCCCUGCUCUGCGUCCGAGGUGUAACAAGCAGUACUGACUGUUCCUGUGGACGCAAUCACUUUACUUGUGCAGUCAGUGCCUUUGGCGAGUGCACGUGCAUCCCGGCUCAGUGGCAAUGUGAUGGUGACAAUGACUGUGGGGACCACAGUGAUGAAGAUGGCUGCAUGCUGCCUACUUGCUCGCCCUUGGAUUUCCACUGUGACAAUGGGAAGUGCAUCCGUCGCUCGUGGGUCUGUGAUGGAGACAAUGACUGUGAAGAUGAUUCUGAUGAACAGGACUGCCCACCACGGGAAUGCGAGGAGGAUGAGUUCUCGUGUCAGAAUGGAUAUUGCAUCCGCAGCCUGUGGCACUGUGACGGUGACAAUGACUGUGGUGACAACAGCGAUGAGCAGUGUGACAUGAGGAAAUGUUCAGAGAAGGAAUUCCGCUGCAGCGAUGGCAGCUGCAUAGCCGAGCACUGGUUCUGUGAUGGCGAUACAGACUGCAAGGAUGGCUCGGAUGAGGAGAACUGCCCAUCAGAUGUUCCAGCCACAACCUGUAGCCUGGAGGAGUUCCAGUGUGCCUACGGACGCUGCAUUCUGGACAUCUACCAUUGUGAUGGAGACGAUGACUGCGGGGACUGGUCUGAUGAGUCCGACUGCUCAUCUCACCAGCCGUGCCGCUCUGGGGAAUUCAUGUGCAACAGUGGCUUGUGUAUCAACGCAGGCUGGCGGUGUGAUGGCGACUUUGAUUGUGAUGACCAGUCAGAUGAGAAGAACUGCACCACAUCCAUGUGCACAGCUGACCAAUUCCGCUGUAAAUCUGGGCGCUGUGUCCGUCUCUCAUGGCGUUGUGAUGGAGAGGAUGACUGUUCUGACAACAGUGAUGAGGAGAGCUGUGAGAACACAGGGAGUCCCCAGUGUGCCCCUGACCAGUUCCUUUGUGGGAACGGGCGCUGUAUUGGCCAGAGGAAGCUGUGCAACGGUGUGAACGACUGUGGAGAUGGCAGCGACGAGAGUCCCCACCAAAACUGCCGUCCACGGACAGGUGAGGAGAACUGCAAUCUUAACAAUGGGGGCUGUGCCCAGAAGUGCCAGAUGGUGCGAGGGACGGUGCAGUGCACCUGCCACACAGGUUACAGGCUGCUGGAGGACGGCCGAUCAUGUCAAGAUGUGAAUGAAUGUGCUGAGGAGGGUUACUGCAGCCAGGGCUGCACCAACAGUGAGGGUGGCUUCCAGUGCUGGUGUGAGCAAGGCUAUGAGCUUCGCCCGGACAAGCGCAGCUGCAAAGCUUUGGGGCCAGAGCCAGUGCUGCUCUUUGCCAAUCGGAUUGACAUCCGGCAGGUGCUGCCUCACCGCUCGGAGUACACCUUGCUCCUGAACAACCUGGAGAAUGCCAUUGCCCUUGAUUUCCACCACAGCAAGGAGCUAGUGUUCUGGUCUGAUGUCACACUGGACCGCAUCAUGAGGGCCAACCUCAAUGGCAGCAACGUAGAGGAGGUGGUGUCCACAGGGCUGGAGAGCCCAGGUGGACUUGCCAUUGACUGGAUCCAUGACAAGCUGUACUGGACAGACUCUGGGACGUCUCGGAUUGAAGUGGCAAAUCUGGAUGGCACGCACAGAAAGGUGCUUCUGUGGGAGAACCUGGAGAAACCACGAGCAAUUGCGCUCCACCCCAUGGAGGGCACCAUCUACUGGACAGAUUGGGGCAACACACCUCGCAUUGAAUACUCCAGCAUGGAUGGCUCCAAUCGACGCAUCAUUGCUGAUACGCACCUCUUCUGGCCCAACGGGCUGACCAUUGACUAUGCUGGGCACCGGAUGUACUGGGUGGAUGCCAAGCACCAUGUCAUUGAGAGGGCUGACUUGGAUGGGCGGAACAGGAAGGCUGUUAUCAGCCAAGGCCUCCCACACCCCUUUGCUAUCACAGUGUUUGAGGAUAGCCUGUACUGGACGGACUGGCACACCAAGAGCAUCAAUAGUGCCAACAAAUUCACCGGCAAGAACCAGGAGAUCAUCCGCAACAAGCUCCACUUCCCCAUGGACAUCCACACACUGCACCCUCAGCGCCAGCCAGCAGGGAAAAACCGCUGUGGGGCCAACAAUGGGGGCUGCACUCACCUGUGUUUGCCAAACAGCAAGGAUUACACCUGUGCCUGCCCCACAGGCUUCCGCAAGACCAGCAGCCACACCUGUGCUCAGAGUCUUGACAAGUUCCUGCUUUUUGCCCGAAGGAUGGACAUCCGUCGGAUCAGCUUCGACACAGAAGACCUGUCAGAUGAUGUCAUCCCCCUGGCUGAUGUGCGCAGUGCUGUGGCUCUGGACUGGGACUCAAAGGAUGACUAUGUCUACUGGACAGAUGUCAGCACCGACUCCAUUAGCAGAGCAAAAUGGGACGGAUCAGGCCAGAAGGUUGUGGUGGAUACCAGCUUGGAAAGCCCAGCUGGACUGGCUAUCGAUUGGGUCACCAACAAGCUGUAUUGGACUGAUGCAGGAACAGACCGGAUAGAGGUCUCCAACACAGAUGGGGCCAUGAGGACUGUAGUGAUCUGGGAGAACCUAGAUAGACCACGAGAUAUUGUGGUGGAUCCUGUUGGAGGGUUCAUGUACUGGACUGAUUGGGGAGUCAGCCCGAAGAUUGAGCGUGCCGGUAUGGAUGCCUCCAGCCGCCUGGUGAUCAUCUCCUCCAAUCUGACUUGGCCCAACGGGCUGGCCAUUGACUACGAGUCUCAGCGCCUGUAUUGGGCGGAUGCUGGCAUGAAGACCAUUGAGUAUGCCAACCUGGAUGGCAGUGAGAGAAAGGUGCUGAUUGGAAGCAAUCUGCCCCACCCAUUUGGACUUACUCUUUAUGGUGAGCGGAUCUACUGGACAGACUGGCAAGCCAAGAGCAUCCAGAGUGCAGACAGAAGGACGGGGCAGGCUCGUGAAACACUGCAGGAUAACUUGGAGAACCUCAUGGACAUCCAUGUUUUCCACCGGCACAGACCUACAGUACGCACAGCAUGUGGAGUUAAUAAUGGUGGCUGCAGCCACCUGUGCCUCCUGGCUCCUCUCCCUAAAGGUUAUAGCUGUACCUGCCCCACUGGUAUCAACCUCCAAGCUGAUGGCAAGACCUGCUCAUCUGGGAUGACCAGCUUCCUGAUCUUUGCCAGAAGGACGGACAUCCGCAUGGUCUCAUUGGAUAUCCCGUAUUUUGCAGACGUCGUUGUCUCAGUCAAUGUCACUAUGAAAAACACCAUUGCCAUUGGGGUGGAUCCCCAGGAAGGAAAGGUUUACUGGUCAGAUAGCACGCUGCGGAAAAUCAGCAGGGCUGCCCUGGAUGGCUCACAGUAUGAGGACAUCAUCACCACAGGUCUGCUGACCACAGAUGGGCUGGCAGUGGAUGCUAUUGGCCGCAAGGUAUAUUGGACAGACACGGGAACCAAUCGGAUUGAAGUGGGCAACCUGGAUGGAUCAAUGAGGAAGGUUUUGGUUUGGCAGAACUUGGACAGCCCAAGAGCAAUUGCAUUGUAUCACGAGAUGGGAUACAUGUACUGGACAGAUUGGGGUGAGAACGCCAAGCUGGAGCGCUCUGGCAUGGAUGGCUCAGGACGCCUGGUGCUGAUCAGCAACAACCUGGGCUGGCCCAAUGGGCUGGCAGUGGAUAAGGCUGGAUCGCAGCUGCUGUGGGCUGAUGCGCACACAGAGCGCAUUGAGGCUGCAGACCUAAAUGGUGCAAACCGCCACACCCUGCUGUCCCCAGUGCAGCAUCCCUAUGGUCUCACCCUACUGGACUCAUACAUCUACUGGACUGACUGGCAAACCCGCAGCAUUCACAGGGCUGACAAGGACACCGGUGCCAACGUCAUCCUGGUGAGGGCAAACCUGCCCGGCCUGAUGGACAUUCAAGCUGUUGACAGGACACGGCAGCUUGGCUUUAACAAGUGCAGCAUAAGGAAUGGUGGCUGCUCCCACCUCUGCCUGCCCCACCCUGCUGGCUUCUCCUGUGCCUGCCCCACCGGCAUCCAGCUGAAGAGCGAUGAGCAGACCUGUGACCCCUCUCCAGAGACCUAUCUGCUCUUCUCCAGCCGUGGCUCUAUCCGACGCAUCUCACUGGACACAAAUGAUCACACUGAUGUGCAUGUCCCUGUCCCAGAACUGAACAAUGUCAUCUCUCUGGACUAUGACAGUGUGGAUGGCAAGAUUUACUACACAGAUGUCUUCCUUGAUGUCAUCAGGCGGGCAGACCUGAAUGGCAGCAGCAUGGAGACGGUCAUUGGUCACGGGCUGAAGACGACGGAUGGCUUGGCAGUGGACUGGGUUGCCAGGAACCUGUACUGGACGGAUACAGGUCGCAACACCAUUGAAGUGGCCAGACUGGAUGGCAGCUGCAGAAAAGUGCUUAUUAAUAACAGCCUGGAUGAACCCCGAGCAAUUGCUGCCUUUCCCAAGAAGGGGUACCUCUUCUGGACGGACUGGGGUCACAUCGCUAAAAUUGAGCGGGCAAACUUGGAUGGCUCUGAGCGCAAAAUUCUAAUCAACACCGACCUGGGCUGGCCCAAUGGACUGACAUUAGACUAUGAUACUAGAAGGAUUUACUGGGUGGAUGCACAUCUUGACCGUAUCGAGAGUGCUGAUCUCAAUGGGAAGCUACGCCAGGUGCUGGUCAGCCAGGUGUCGCACCCCUUUGCCCUGACACAGCAGGACAGGUGGAUCUACUGGACUGACUGGCAAACCAAAUCUAUCCAGCGAGUGGACAAAUACUCAGGCCGAAACAAGGAGACUGUCCUGGCCAAUGUUGAGGGGCUAAUGGAUAUCAUUGUGGUCUCCCCACAGAGGCAGACAGGUACAAAUGCCUGUGGAGUGAAUAAUGGAGGCUGCACCCAUCUCUGCUUCGCCAGGGUUUCUGACUUUGUUUGUGCAUGUCCAGAUGAACCAGAUGGACGACCCUGCUCCACUGUUCCUGGCAGGGUGCCCCGUGUUCCUGAAACAACCAGUGUGAGCGAGAGGAGCCAGACCUCACCUGGCAGAUCAGGCUCCUCAACGACCAAACCCCACACAUCCCUAGAAGCAACGGAAGGAAACUGCUCUGACAAAGAUGUUGGCCAAGGCCCGUGCAACCGGAAGAAUGAGGCAGUACUGGCAACCACAGGAGAAGGGCUGCAUGUCAGCUACAUUAUUGGAGGCCUCCUCAGUGUCUUGGUCAUUCUGCUGCUUAUUGCUGCUCUAAUUAUAUACAGACACAAGAAGUCUAAGUUCACAGACUCUGGCUUGGGGAACCUGACUUACAGUAACCCGUCAUACCGGACAUCUACCCAAGAGGUGAAGAUCGAAACUAUUCCCAAGCCGACCUUGUACAACCAGCUGUGCUAUAAGAAGGAGGCUGGUCAUGAUCAUUGCUACACCAAGGAAAAGAUCAAGAUUGUGGAAGGGAUAUGUCUCUUGUCCGGUGACGAGUCUGAGUGGGAUGAUAUCAAGCAGAUACGGAGCUCCCGGGGAGGGAUACUCCGGGACCAUGUCUGCAUGAAGACUGACACUGUCUCUAUCCAGGCCAGCUCUGGCUCGCUGGAUGACACCGAAACUGAGCAGCUGCUGCAGGAGGAGCAGUCUGAGUGCAGCAGUGUCAACACGGCAGCAGCCACCCCGGAACGACGCGGCUCACUCCCAGACACAGGCUGGAAACACCAAUGCAAGCCCUCCACGGAGAGUGAGGUCUAAAGCAUGCACUACCUUGGAGAUGCCCAGCUCCUCCCCAGCCCCUGUUGCAUAUGAAUGAGACGGGACUCAUUCUGCCAUGCAGGGAGAAGCCCAGAGACUAGCCUUCGUGUUGCAAGGAGCCCAGAGACUGGCUGCCUUUCAGCAAGGAGCUGGGGCCAGACUGUUCCCUCAUGGCAGGGGGAAAUGGACCCCAGAGACCCUUUUGGCUCAUUCUCACUGUUUUGUGGUUUAUUUAUAUGUUCCCUUUUCCUGGAAGCUGCCAUGAUAACUUCUGCAGUGACCCCU